AUGAACAGUGGGUUACAGCAGUGCCUGACAUACACCAAAGCCAAGUUGGGUGAAAUUGCUACAGCUAACCCUUACAUUUGCGCAAGGUACUUCGACUGUCUGAUGAACGUUUUUAUUGAGGUUGUGCUGAAUUGGAACAUGGAAGCAGGGUGCACUCGCGCGGAAGGUGGUUUAUUUGGCUACAUGUCAGCUACAGUUGACAACUACUAUGCUAUGUGCGCUUCCUCACGAUUCCGAGACGCCCUUGUCAAGUAUGUGGAUGCUAUUGCUACAGCUAGUGUCCCUCUUGACCUGAUAAAGCGAUCGAGUCAGUUGAAUUGGAGCGAGACGCUUUCCGGAAAUCACGACCUGGAGCAUUAA